AUGGCUGACUUGCUUGGCGGAGAUGCUGUUGGAGCAGUGUUUGGAGAGCUGCUAGGAGCAAUAAUGAACGUGGCAAACAAAGCCCUCAUGUUCAAGACCAAAUUCAAGGAAAUACAAGAAAUUCUAGAAUCCAACAGUCCAGUUUUAGAUGAAAUCAAAAGCUUGAAUAAAGAAUUGGAUCGUAGAAGUGAAGAGACCGAAAAGAUAAUGGGAGUGGUCAGGAAUGGCACGACGCUCGUUCUUGAAUGCUCAAAAAUUCGGUGGUACAAUUGUUGGAGAAGGUCUAAAUACACAGAUAAGCUCACCGAGCUAGAAGAUUCGCUCAAGCUGUUCUUUCAGAAUGUUAUACCAGUGCAAACAGCAAGAGACACCAAAGAAAUUCUGUUGGAGGUGAGAGGCAGGGGUCCAAGUUCGAAUGGAAAGAUUGAUGGACGUAAUGUCUCAUGUGCAAUCCCAAAUUCUUUGGUGGAUCCUGUUGGAUUAGCUCAGGUGGCAUUAAGAGAAUUGAAGAUGGAGCUGUUUAAGGAAGGGGUGUCUAUCGUUGUACUUUCUGCUCCUCCAGGCUGCGGAAAAACAACAUUGGCAGGACUACUUUGUCAUGAUAAAGAAAUUCAAGAAAAAUUCAAAGACAACAUCUUUUAUGUUAUUGUGUCGAAAAACCCCAACAUGGAAGGCAUUGUAAGGGGACUAUUCAAUCAUAAAGGUAGAAAGUACACGAGUGAUUUUCGAAGUGACGAAGAUAUAGUCUACCGAUUGGAGCAAUUUUUGAACAGCAUAGGACCAAGUCCAAUAUUGUUGGUCCUGGAUGAUGUUUGGCCUGAAUCAGAGUCCUUACUUGAAAAGUUUCAGUUCCAAAUCAAAGAUUACAAAAUUUUGGUAACAUCGAGAUCUGUAUUUCCAAGAUUCGGUUCUACAUAUAAGUUAAAACCUUUGAAUUAUGAAGAUUCCUUGACUCUUUUCUGCAACUCCGCAUUCCUACCUAAUCAGAGCCGAGACAUCGCAGAUGAAGAUGUUGUCAGCAAGAUAGUGAAAGGGUGCAAGGGGUUCCCACUGGCCCUUAAAGUGGUCGGCAGAUCACUCCGUGGAGAGCCUGAAGAAAUUUGGAAAACUAGAGCAACGGAGCUGUCUAAAGUUGGUUCAAUUUUUGAAAACGAUGACCUGCUCAAUUCUCUGCAGAGAAGUUUGGAUACCUUAGAUGAUAAGGUUAUAGUGAAGGAGUGCUUCAUGGACCUAUGUUCAUUUCCUGAAGAUCAAAGGAUUCCUGUUAAUGCCCUUGUUGAUAUGUGGAUGGAAUUGUACGAUCUAGACGAAGAAGCAUAUGCGGUUGCCAAACUCCGGGAACUCUGCAACCGGAAUCUAGUUGAUCUUGUAGUCACAAGGAACUUUGCAAGUGGCUGCUACAAUCAGCACUUCGCAAUGCAACAUGACCUCCUUAGAGAGCUAGCCAUCCGUCAGAGCAACUCACUGUCCAUCGAGCGGAGAAAAAGAUUAAUUCUGGAGAUAAGUGCAAAUGAUGUUCCUGCCUGGUGGAUGGAACAGAAGCAGCCAAGCAUUAGUUGCCGCCUCUUGUCUAUCUCCACAGAUGAAAAGUUCUCAUCAGGUUGGUGCUUCAUACAAGCACCUGAAGUUGAGGUUUUGGUUCUUAAUGUUCGAGCAAAGAACUACACAUUACCGGAGUUCAUAAAGAAAAUGGAGAAGCUGAAAGUUUUGAUAGUCACGAGCUAUGGUUUCUUUCCGACUGAAUUAAGUAAUUUCCUGCUUGUUGGUUCUGUAUCCAACUUGAAGAGAAUCAGAUUGGAGCAUGUGUCAAUUCCUCCCUUUGCCUUCACCUCUGUGAAGUUUGAGAUUCUACAAAAGCUAACGUUGUAUAUGUGCAACAUUGGUCAAGCUUUUAGUACCUCAACCGUCCUGGUUUCUGAAGCAUUGCCGAAUGUAAUGGAAAUCAACAUUGAGCACAGCAAUGAUCUGAUAGAAUUGCCGGUUGAGAUCUGUCUUCUUAUCAAGCUAAAGAAACUCAGCAUCAUCAAUUGUCAUCAGUUGGUUGCAUUGCCUAAAGAAAUAGGAAAGUUGGUUAAUUUAGAGGUUCUAAGGCUUGGUUCCUGUAUUGAGUUGCGAGAGUUACCGAACACGAUUGGGAGCCUCCGUAACUUGAGUGUUCUUGACAUAUCAGAGUGUUUAGAAAUUGAAAGAUUACCAGAAGAGAUCGGGGAGCUGCAAAAGCUAAGUCGAGUCUUUAUGAUGGGCUGCUCAAGUAAUUGUGUGUUGCCGCCAUCAAUCACGAAUCUUGAGCAUCUGAAGGAAGUCGUGUGUGAUGAAGAAACAGCCAGUUUGUGGAAACCAUUUGUGCGCUUUUGCAAGAAUUUGAAGAUUAGGGUGCAGAAAGAAGAUUUCAACUUAAACUGGCUUUACAGUAAUCGUUUUUGA